GUGACUCCACAUGUUAUUUUGGGACUGAACGUGUGUUUAGCUAAAAAGAGUUACCGUUUUCUCGUGCGAGCAUUCGCACCACGCUUUUUACUGUCCUUGCCUUUCUCUUGUUGGUGUUCUAUUACUGUUUUAGCAGCUGUUACACAAACUGCUCGAGGAAAUCUGCUCAGAAAAUCGGCAAAUUGUAAGGAAAGCUAAUUAGCCGGCUAGCUGAGCUCACUGUAGUCCAGCAGCAUGGCAGCUGUGUUGGAGCUGGUCGCUGGCAGUUAUGAACAGAUCACCUUCGGUUAUCAAGUAAAAACUGACGAAAAGGAGUGGACAGCCAAAGCAGAAUUCACACAUCACGCUCACACAGCAUCAGUAUCUGCUGUGGCUGCCAGUGAGAGGUUUGUGGUGACGGGGAGCAAAGAUGAGACCAUCCAAGUGUAUAACAUGAAGAAAAGAAUCGAGCACGGUGCUUUGCUGCAUCAUGACGGCACCAUCACUUGCCUCGAGUUUUACGGGACGUCUCACUUACUGAGUGGAGGAGAGGACGGACUCCUGUGUGUGUGGAGCACGAAGAAGUGGGAGUGUCUGAAAUCCAUCAAAGCUCACAAAGGUCAUGUGACAUCGCUGUCCAUCCAUCCGUCUGGGAAGCUUGCGCUCUCAGUUGGGACCGAUAAGACACUGAGAACCUGGAAUCUCAUUAAUGGAAGAUCAGCGUUCAUCAAAAACAUAAAACAGAAUGCACACAUUGUCAGGUGGUCACCAGACGGGGACAGAUACGUGGUUGUGAUGAACGACAAAGUGAACAUCUACGAGCUGGAGACGGCCACUGUGACGGGAACGGUCGCAAACCCCAAAAGGAUCGCGUCUGUCAAGUUUUUAAACAACUCCAUCCUGGCCGUUGCAGGAGACGAUGAAACUGUGAGGUUGUGUGAUGUGGAGAAAGCAAAAUGGGUGUGUGAUUUCAAGGCUCACGAAACCAGAGUGAAGACGGUGGACAGUGUGAACGUGGAUGAUUACUCUGUGGUGGUGACUGCUUCAAAUGAUGGUUUCAUCAAAAUGUGGAAAAUUCAUCUUAAAGAGGAGCUGGAAUCUCCCACACUCCUUGGGGAAGUGAACACAUCAGCCAGACUGACAUGCCUUGCUGUGAGGAGAACUUCACUGAUGCAGCAGCAGAUCACUGAGGAAGAAGCACCUCAGGCAACAAUAUCUGAAGAACUACUUCCCGAACUUCUAAGGACAAAGAGAGUCCGAAUUGCCACGGAAGAAGUCGUCCUGGAAGACGAGAGCAAGCCCAAGAAGAAGAAGAAGAAAAAGAACAGUGGAAAAUAGAAUAAAAUGUUUUAUUACCCAUACACAUGUGGAUUUUUAUUCUGACGACCUGCAGUGUUCUACAUCAAAUGUGAACUUAUCGCUGAUGAAAGAAAAGCAGAACAAGAUAGAUGAUAUAAUAUUUCAUAACAUUCAAAAGACUGGCAGUUCGUGUAGAAUCAAACUGAAAGUUACACGUUGAACAAAAGGAAAGCGGACUAUAAUAAGACCCAUGUCCGUGAGUUUCCCCAGGCUGCACACAGACAACUACUCACAGACAACAAACGCAAAAAAGUGCCUCGAGUCUGAAGCUACCAAUGAUGUAAUGUGCCAGAGUAAAUGUAACAAAGAUUUAUUAUUUUUCUCCACAGCUCAGUACCUUUCUUAAAACAGCUUAGGCUGGACAUCUGCCAGCAUCUUGGUAUGUUGUACAGAUUUUGUUAUAGGUGAGAUAAAGCACAACUGCUGAGUGUAUUUUUUUUUUUUAA